GCCUGAGGCUCAGACACCAGGGAGAGGAACACACAGCUGCCAGAGGACUCCAGAAUAGAAAUAAAAACUUAAAACAUUUUUUUCUUCCUUUUAAAUUUUUACUGAUUUCCUAUGAAUUUAUUAGAAUAACUGGGCUUCAUUUUAACAUUUUUAUCCAUUUUUUGGAACUUUAAGUUUUUUCUUUUCACCGCAUUUACCUCCGACUUUUAAACAAAUCUUCUGAAAUGUUUCCAGAGACAAACAAAGGAUUCAGCUAUGAGGACUGCAAGGCCACAUCUGAUUGGCUACUGGCGCAGACAGACAUCCGACCCAAUGUGGGCAUCGUGUGCGGCUCGGGACUCGGAGGGCUGGCUGACAUGUUAAAGGACCAAGUGGUCUUCAACUACAAAGACAUACCUAACUUUCCACAGAGCACUGUGCACGGCCACGCAGGGCGGCUGGUGUUUGGGACCUUAAAGGGAAGGCCUUGUGUUUGCAUGCAGGGGCGCUUUCACCUCUAUGAAGGCUAUCCUAUCCAGAAGAUAACCCUGCCAAUGCGCAUCUUCAAGAUGCUCGGCGUUGAGACGGUGAUCCUCACCAACGCAGCCGGAGGACUGAACCAGGACUUCAAAGUGGGUGACAUCAUGGUUAUCAAAGACCACAUCAACAUGCCUGGCUUCGCUGGCAACAACCCAUUGGUUGGACCCAACGAUGAGAGGUUUGGCGUGCGGUUCCCCUGCAUGUCCGAUGCAUAUGAUCGAGAGCUGCAGCAGCUGGCUGUGGACAUUGGACAGGAACUUGGUUAUGGAGACUUCCUGAAGGAGGGUGUCUACUGUGUGCUGGGUGGACCGUCAUUCGAGACGAUUGCUGAGUGCCGCAUCCUGCACAAACUGGGUGCUGAUGCUGUUGGCAUGAGCACAGUCCACGAAGUGAUCGUGGCCCGCCACUGCGGCAUGCGCGUGGUUGCCCUCUCGCUGAUCACCAAUCUGGUGGUGAUGGACUACGACAGCCAAGAGAAGGCCAAUCAUGAGGAUGUCCUACAGGCGAGCAAACUGCGAGCGGGGCAGCUGGAGAGGCUCGUUUCCACCGCGGUGACCCGGAUUGAGCCCAACAACAACUACAUCUAAUCAGACACAUCUUCAAACCAAGGACACUUAAAGGGAUAGUUUGGAAGUUUUGAAGUGCACGUCUGUGGAAAGAUCAUUAAAAUCCAACUAAGUUCUCACUGGAUUGGCAUGCUAACUGCUAAUGUGAACAACACUAGUUUAAAAAAUGGAUUAUAGUCAUCCUAAUUCAAAUUUAAUCUAAAAAACAUACGUGUGUUAUUUACAUGUUACAGUUUUUUUUACACUUUUGCCUAGGUUACCCAAAAUAACAAUUAGAGAUGUUUGCUAUCUUUUAACUAAUAUCGGAUAAUUACUUUAUUUCCGAUAUCAAAAUAAACUAUCACAUAAAGCAUUCUCAAACUUUUUGUGCAAAAAAAAAAGACCAUUUCUUAAUCUUAAUUUAAUCCAAUGUCUGAAAAACUAAACCUCAGAUUUUUAGUAUGAGAGAAGUAGCUGAAGAGUUUGAUGUAUAUGUGUAUAGUAUAUAAAGGGGGCUGUGCUAUUGGUACACCUUUUGGUGCAUUUUUCAAACAGGAAGUGUGGGUGGAGGGGGGUGACUUGCUCUUUAAACUGUCAUGUUUUUUCAGCAGACUAGUUUAAUAUGGUACACUGUAAGAGAUGUUGAAUUUACUUUGUCAAAUUAUGUCAACUGUUACCACUAAACCUAGCUUCAUUAAUGUCCUAGGUAAUGUACAUUGUUUAAAGUAGACGUAGUACUCUUUACAUUUUAGCUACUAAGUUUAGUGGAGUCAGUUGACAUAAUAAAGUUAAUUCAAGAUUUUAUUUCUUCAGUGUAGAAAACUUUAGUAACAGGAUGCACUUUAACCAUCCCACUAGUUUGUUCAAUCUGGUCAGUGCCAACUCGGUUUUCCAGAGCUUUUUACAACUGCCGAGAAAUUUACUUAAUCUACUCCAAACUAUCCAAAUUAUCACUUAAAGCAAACCUAAAGCUGUGAUCUUUGUUAGGUAAAAUAUUAACUUUUUGGUUUAGUUGUGUAUGGAACUCAACAAUAACCUCCAUGUGUCCUGCAGGACUAACAUUCCCCUGAAAGGGUGGCUCCACAAGAAGUCACGUUUUUUUUGUAUCUUCAUUUUUAAAUGACGCAUUUCCUCAACUUAUAUGAUCAGCUUGUACAAAUGUCUGCAAUUUAACUUAACAAUUAUCCUAAAUCUGUUGUGAGGAUCUGACAUUUCUGUUGUUGAAAAUGUGUAAAUGUUUGUUUUUUUUAUUGACUGUUGUGACUAAAAAUGCUAUUUAUUAAAA